AUGAGUGUCAUUAUUCCAGGUCGAUUUAAUCUUGUCAAUUCUAAAUUUGUAGAAGUUGAUAAAGAUACCUUAUCAAAACAUAUAAAUAAAGAUGAUGAUUUGAAUAAAUACCAUAUAUUUGAUAUCUCUGGUAAUUUUAUAACAAGCAUUGCAUCACCUUCGAUUACAACCUACUUUCAUAAACUCACUGAACUACAUCUUAUCAACAAUGAAUUACCAAACAUUCCAGAAGAAAUUAACAAUAUAAUAACAUUAAAGAAACUAUACCUUUCAAAAAAUAAUAUUCAACAAAUAACAAAUAUAGAUAAACUAGUUGAUUUGGAGUUAUUGGAUUUAAGAGCAAACCAAAUUAAAGAAAUGUCAAACUUGGAAAAUAAUACAAAGAUUAAUAAUUUAUCAUUAUCAAGUAAUCAAAUUAUAAGUUUAAAUAAUUUAAAUAUAAAUAUGGAACAUUUGGAAUCACUCUUUUUAUUCUCCAACAAAUUGGAAAACCUACAAGAGACUUUGGAUAUACUAUCAAAGCAUUGUCCUAAAUUAACAAAGUUACUACUCACUGCCAACCCAUGCACAUCACUCAGUCGACCAAAAGAAGAACAACAAGUUUAUGAAAAUAAUGUUAAAAAGGCAUUACCAAACAUAAGAAUUUUAGAUUGGAAACCAUUAUAA